AUGGGUGAUGAUAAUCCUCCCACUGACCCCAUUAGGGUUUCGGUUUUUGAAAGGCUUACUUCUGUGGAUCAAAGUAAUGUUUUGGGAAAUGGUGAACGUACUAGUCUGAAUUUUGCUAAAGCGGUUGGCCGUUCUAUGGCCACUGAUUUGAAUUUUUAUCCUCUUGCGGACAAAAAACAAGCUCAUGUCUCUAUCCCUAUUGAAAUGGCGAAGGAAGCUGCCAAAGCAUAUAACWCCGUUUUAUACGGCUAUUUCCUGGGACCUCGUAUCCCUUUUCCUCUUGUGAAAUUUUUUGUUAAAAUGGCGUGGGGUAAAUUUGGAUUUUUGGAUGCGAUGCUUAAUGAGAAUGAUGUCAUGGUUUUAGAGGCUCAUAGUCAAUACUUAAAUUGUAAGGUGCUUGUUCGGGGUAGUCAAYAUUAUAUUUUCGUUUCUUUUGUUUAUGGGGCUAAUGUUUGUACUGCCCGUCGUGCUUUAUGGUCGGGGCUGCGGAAAUUUAAAGUGCUCAUURGUUCUUCCCCGUGGGUUGUAAUGGGGGAUUUUAACACCAUGUUAUUCCCUCAUGAUGGUUUUGGAGGCUCCUCUCGUCGUAACUUGGAUAUGGCUGAUUUUUAUGCGUUUGUAGAGGAUGUGGAAUUAUUUGAUUUACAUUAUACGGGUAUCCAUUUCACGUGGAACCAAAAACCGAACUCUUCGGGGGGUAUCAUGCGGAAACUGGAUAGAGCUAUGGGCAAUGAUGAGUUCACAUCUGUUUUUCAAGAUGUUAAUGUUCAUUUCCAUCCUUUGGGUCUUUCGGAUCAUACUCCAGUGACGGUUUCUUUCAGAUGCGGCAUUUGGAAAAAAAGGCAUGGGUUUAAAUUUGACAAUUUCUUGACUGAACAUCCAAGUUUUCUUCAAGUUGUAAAGGAUGAAUGGGCAAAUAAUAUCGAGGGUUCUUUUAUGUUUCGAGUGACUUCUCAUUUGAAGGCUCUGAAGAUUCCUCUUCGGAAACUUCGUCAUUCUUAUGGCAACCUUGGUCAGCGUGUUGCCUUUUUGAAGACUGAACUUGAUCGUAUCCAAUUGGAUGUUGAUAAUGAUCCUUCUAAUGUUGAGCUAGGCCAGGAGUUGGRUCAUAUUCGUAUUGCGUAUCAAAAUGCAUGUAGGGAUGAAAAUUGUGCCACGAAACAACGUGCCAAAAUUGCAUGGUUGAAUAAAGGUGACUUGAAUACCAAAUUCUUCCAUAAAGUGAUUAAAGAACGGCAUCAUUACAAUUCUAUUCAGUCUGUGUGUACAAGUGAUGGAGCUUAUGUCUAUGGUGAUGAUGUGCCUAAUGUKUUUGUGGAUYAUUUUAAAGACUUUCUGGGUACGAGGUAUGUUUCUUCUGAUCCGACUAUGACUAAUGAUGUUUUCAUGCGUAAACUUUCUUUGGUGGAAGCUAACCAUAUGAUCAGACCAAUUCACAAUGAAGAAAUUGAAAAUGCUAUGUUUAGCAUUGGUAAUUAUAAAGCGCCUGGGUCUGAUGGGUAUUCUUUUAAGUUUUUCAAAGAGGCUUGGGACAUUGUUGGCCGUGAUGUGGAGAUUGCAAUUCACAAUUUCUUUUAUCGAGGUAAUCUCCCAAAGAGCUUGAAUCAUACGCUUUUAUGUCUGAUCCCUAAAUCUAUUAAUGCUUCUAAGGUCACGGAUUACUGA